AUGAAGAGUCUACUGUCCACUACAGCGUUACUGCUGGCAUGUGCCGGACUUGAUGUCGUGCUCGGCCAGUUCGUGAGCCCGCCCAAGAACCUGACCAGCAAGGAAGGCUACGCGAACGUCAGUGUGCGGUACAAGACGGUGCCGGCGGGGAUCUGCGAGCAAGACCCCGACGUCAAGAGCUUUGCCGGCUACGCAGACGUGGCGCCGGACCAGCACAUCUUCUGGUGGUUCUUUGAGGCGCGCAACGUCGACCCGGCCGAGGCGCCACUGACCAUCUGGAUCAACGGCGGGCCGGGCUCGUCGUCGAUGAUCGGGAUGUUCCAAGAACUCGGGCCGUGCCGGGUCACGGCGGACGGCGACGCCGUGGACAAUCCGUACUCGUGGUCGAGCGUGAGCAACAUGAUCUUCAUCGACCAGCCGACGCAGGUCGGGUUCAGCUAUUCGACGCCCGUGCCGGCGUACGUCGAUCCCAGCACGGAACUGCUGGUGCAGUUGCCCAACAACACCUGCCCGGAAUACGCCAGCGACUGGGAUUGCGGCACGUACUCGUACUUCAACGAGUCGUUGACGGCCAACAGCACGCCGGCGGCGGCGCCGAACAUGUGGAAAACACUUCAAGGGUUCAUGGGCGCGUUUCCGCAGUAUUCCCGACACGAGGUGUUUUUCACGAGCGAGUCGUACGGCGGCCACUAUCUGCCGCUGUUCUCGGAUUACUUUCUGCAGCAGAACGCGAAGAACAUCUCGGGCGCCCACAACAUCUCGCUGGUCGGCGGCAUGAUUGGGAAUGGCUGGUAUGAUCCGCUGAUCCAGUAUCAGGCCUACUACAACUUCAGCGUCUAUCCGGGGAAUACGUAUGGAUAUGAUCCAUUGAAUCAAUCAGUGAAAAACCAAUUCUACAACAACCUCUACGGCCCCGGAAACUGCUACGACCAAACCGUAGACUGCAACACGCACGGGAUCAACGAGAUCUGCUCGGCGGCCGACAACUUCUGCUACGAAGAAGUGGAGAACCUGUACGACAUCUACCUCGAGCGCGACGAAUACGACUUCCGCUACCUGACGCCCAACCCGUUCCCGCCGUCCUACUAUAUCGACUACCUCAACACGGAACCGGUCCAGCACGCGAUCGGCGCCUACGUCAACUACACCGAGUCCAACAGCGCGGUGGGCACGGCGUUCGGCUCGACCGGCGACGACGACCGCGAGAUCGGCACCGUCCAGGCCAUCCGCGACAUGCUGGCCCACAACGUCUCCGUGACCAUGUACUUCGGCGACGCCGACUACAACUGCAACUGGCUCGGCGGGCAGGUUGUGGCCGACCACGUCAACGCCACCAACUACACGGCGGCCGGGUUCGUCAAUAUUUCGACUUCCGACGACGUCGUGCACGGCCAGGUGCGCCAGGCCGGGAAAUUCGCCUUUGUCAGGAUCUACGAGUCCGGCCAUCUCGUGCCGUUCUUCCAGCCGUUGGUCGCGCUCGAGAUGUUUGAGCGCGUCGUCCGCGGCGCCGAUAUCGCCACGGGCAAGACCCCCGUCACGUCGUCGUACUUGACUAAAGGGCCCAAGAUCAGUUCGUUCAAGGAGGGGAAUGCGACUGUGCAGUUCGACGUCACGCCGAUGAACUCGAUUUAUAACACUACUACGAAUCUGCCGCAGAAUGAUACCACGGGGAGGAGUACGGGGGAUCCACCGAAGUUGGUGAAGUUGGCGAAGCGGAGCAAGGCCUGGGAGCCGUAUAGGCCUAGUGCGUAUAGGAAGAUGAAGAGAGCCUUGAGUCAGGAUCAACAACAGGGCCAGCUGGGUCGUUGGAUGGAAUAG